AUGUCAACCAAUCUAUCAAAACCUCAAGAUCAGUCUAUCCCCACAGCAACAGACAAGGCCAAUAACAGUGGAAAUGAGUCAACUCCAGCCGUUGCUGGCACGUCCAAGGCCAAUAGCAGUAUCUGGCAGUCGUAUAUAGAUACAGUGGAAAGGCAAAUUAAGGAAGAGAAAAACCCAGCCCGCCAAGAGAAUGCUGAAGUCGUCCUGAAGUUUGUCAGGCAACAUGGAUAUCCGGCUCAGGGGUACCGCUUCCUGGCUCACCACGGAAUCAUGGAAAUUUGGACCGACGAUGAUUAUCCCGAUAACAACGAAGAGAACUUGAAAUUGAUCGGUGGUUCUUUCAAGGAAACGUAUGGCCUCCACUAUCCCUGGGAAAUAAGCCCUAGAGAAAGAGAGUGA